AUGGGAUUGGUGACAGAAGAUGACAAGAUGCCACAGCAAAUUUGCCAAAAUUGCUGCGAACAAUUAACUUCUACGAGCAACUUCUACGAUUUAUGCCACACAACUCAAAAGAAAUUUCAGGAACAGAUUGAGAUGGAGGAUACCGAAAACAGUGCCGAAAGUGAUGUUGCAAGUAAUGCCGGAAAAGAAAACAAAGCACCGUCAAUAAACACUGAAAGGCAUAAAAGAUCUCCGAAGAAACCACAAAAUAUCUUGGAGGAAACAUCGACUAAUAUAAUUAUCAAAGAAGAAGUGGACAUUUUUGAUGAAAAAUCGCUAGAACCAUUUCCUUCAUCACCUAACGAGGAACAAUCGCUAAAACCAUUGCCUCCACUAUCUAACAAGAGACAAUCGCCAAAAACAUUGCAUUCAUCAUCUAAUAAGAAACGAUCACUAGAACCAUUGCAUUCACUAUCUAACAAGGAACAAUCACCAGUACCAUUGGCUUCAUCAUCUAAGAAGCCAAUGGUGAGGAUCCAUUGUUUAGAACUGCUACAGAAUGAAUCCAAUGUGCCAGACACGCUCACUAGCAGCAAGCAAAGUGAUCGACUAGGUGACUUCAGUGGAUCUAUUAAAGUAAGGGACCUGAUCACUGAAGAGCAACAAGAGACUAUUGAAGCAUGUUAUAUAAAGGAUCAGAUUACAGAAACGCAUAAUGAAGAAGUGCAGCAAAAUAUGAGCAUAAAAUCAAAAAACAUUAUAAAAUGCAAGAUUUGUGACUCGACAUAUUUAAGACGCGAUAAGUGUGAGGUUCAUAGUGAUGCUUCGUACAAAUGUACAAAGUGCUCCAAUAUUUAUAAAACUAAGCAUACUCUAAACGAGCAUCUUUUAAAGCACGACGGUAUUCGAAAUUAUAAAUGUCUCGAAUGCCCGAAGAGCUUCUUUCAGCAGUCUCAUCUUGCUGCGCACAAAAAUACGCAUGGUCCUUCUAAAUAUGAAUGUUCAUAUUGUCACAGAAAAUUUAAUAGACGUGACAAUAUGAAAGCACACAAAAAAAAGUGCAAGUUUUAUAAAUCAUCAAUCAAGGAGAAAGAAUGA